GAGUAAGGCUAAGGCUGAGGACACAUUGGGCAGCAAGACUCGCUCUGGUGCUACUUGUGAUCGCUUUUUCGACCCUACUGUGCAUGUUGCCGGUGCGGACGAGAGUGGCGAAUGGACGAAUACAAAGAUUGAGAUGCAAAAACAGGAGGGUGUUGAGCCUCUACCUGCUGUUAUUGAGAAGGAAGAAAAGCUUGAGGCAGACAGU